AUGGCUGGACGCGCGAUGCAGCCCACGCCAUGUGGAAACACCACCCAAUUCAGCUGGCAUUUUGGGUUUGCCCCUUAUCGAUGGUCAAGGGGUGUACGCCAGGAACCGCAGUCCGGCCGCCUCACCACGCGGUUGGCCUGCGCCCCUCGUAUGGGGCAGGAUCUUGAAUUGUCUUCACUUACCGCUGUGGGGCCUCUGGACGGGCGAUAUGGAUCCAAAGUCUCAAGCCUUCGCUCGUUGUUCAGCGAAUUUGGCCUCAUCAAAUGGAGGGUGUUUGUUGAAUGCCGCUGGUUGCGACAUCUGGCUGACUUGCCUGGAGUUCCAGAGAUUGGACCAUUGAGUACAGACGCUUCUGCAAUAUUGGAAGAACUUGAGGCAGGGUUUACUUUGGGAGAUGCGGAGAGGGUCAAAGAUGUGGAGAGUGUGACCAACCAUGAUGUCAAGGCAGUGGAGUAUAUGCUGAAAAAGAGGUUUGAAGUGAACAAGGAGUUGUCAAGCAUCAUGGAAUUUACCCAUUUUGCUUGCACCUCUGAAGACAUCAACAAUCUUGCCUACGCACUUAUUGUGAAGGAAGCAACUAGACUUGAGGUGCUCCCUGCCAUGGAUGAGCUCAUUUCUAAAAUUGCUACCCUUGCCCACGAGUAUGCCGAUGCUGCAAUGUUGGCACGCACACAUGGCCAGCCAGCAUCGCCCACGACAAUGGGGAAGGAACUGGCAGUUUUUGCUUUUCAUCUGCAGCAGCAGAGGGACAAGGUGGCGGAUGUCCGCAUUCUAGGAAAGAUGGCAGGAGCAGUAGGCAACUACAAUGCCCACAUGGCUGCCUACCCUAAUGUUGACUGGAUGAAAACAACACAAGAUUUUGUGUCUUCUCUUGGGCUUGAUUGGAACCCUUAUGUGACCCAGAUUGAGCCUCAUCACUACAUUGCUGAGCUGUUCCACGCCAUGGCAAGGUUCAACACUACCCUACUGGACUUUGACAAAGAUAUUUGGGGCUACAUAUCUAUGAACUACUUCCGGCAACGCACCAAUAAAGGGGAAGUUGGUUCCUCAACGAUGCCCCACAAGGUUAAUCCCAUUGAUUUCGAAAACUCUGAAGGCAACCUGGGGAUCGCCAAUGCUCUGCUGCUCCAUCUGGCAGCGAAGCUGCCCAUAUCCAGGUUUCAGCGCGACCUGACGGACUCAACUGCCCUCCGAAAUGUUGGUGUGGCCAUGGGACAUAGCAUCCUUGGGUACAAGUCUGCAAGCAGGGGCUGCAGAAAGCUGGUGUUGGAUCAGGAGACACUGGCCAGAGACCUUGAUAGCCGAUGGGAGGUGCUGGGAGAGGCUGUUCAGACUGUGAUGCGCAGAUAUGGAGUCCCCGAGCCUUAUGAAAAGCUUAAGGAGUUCACGCGAGGCAAAGAUGUGUCUCGAGAAGGGAUGAAAGAUUUUGUGGAUGGGCUGGAUGUCCCAGAUGAUGCAAAGGCAGCCUUGAUGGAACUCACACCCCAGACCUACAUUGGCAACGCAGAAGAUCAAGCUCGAAGCAUAUACCGGUACACAAAUGGGAGGCAAUGA